AUGAGCACCUUCGCGGUACUAAAUGGUGUCAUAAUAUUAGCGGUAUUCGUUGUAACCGCUGCUUGCUUAGAUGAUCAAAAGCCUAUAAGGGAGGGAGGGAAAGCGCUGAGUGGAGAGGCUGCAAAACAUCUCUGCCGCAUCAAACAGAUAAGUGAAUUGCUCGGAAGCCGUGCAGAGUUUGAGCUAAUUAGGGACGGAUCCAAGUUUACCAGCGAGCGACAAGUCCUUCGUAAUGUCCAGGAUAAAAUAACGGAAGGGGUCAAAGGCAUAAAUGAGUUGUUCGGUAGGCACUGUCGGCGAGUGUCCUUGGGAAUUGAAGGAGGUGGGAGCGACAUGCUUUCCAACCCAAAUUGCGAAGAUAGCGAUAAAAAAGAGGGAACGGGGGAAGCCACUGACCAAGGCAGUGGGACGCUGUCUGAAGAGGGUAUUAUCCAGUGCGAACACGGUAAUUUUCUGCGUGAUUUCCUAAUUCGGGGUGCCCUCGAGGCAUACAGAAGUCAAAUGGAGCAGUGGGAAAAGAAAAAACCGACAGAAGGAAACAAAACGAGUACGGAGGUUAAAGGGGAUGAAUCGUCAAAAAAACACGAGGACCAAUGCCAGCAGAUGGGAUACAGCGUUCAUGGGGCCUGCACCGUAUCAGAGCAAAAAUGGAGGCAACAUCUGGAAGAGGCUGUGAAGCUCAUGGAAGGCAUAAUUGUAGUGAAAAAGGAAGACGUUUGUGGGGUAUCAAAAGAAGGGGAGACGCAAAAAUAA